AUGAAAUCGAUGGCAUUGGAUAUGAAAGCUGCAAAAGAAUCGUCACAACCUCAAUUUGAGACACUAAAGCGUUUUGCCAAUGCCAAAAAUGUUAUUGGCUAUUUGGAACAGAUCCUUUGCAAGGGCAUACCAAUACCACAGAUUAACUGUGAAAUUGCUAUACCACUCAAAGAUGCACGUGAAGCUACAUUGGCUAUCAAGUCAUGGGCUGACAUGUAUAAAAAACGUCUUCACUAUCCAUUCAUUUUUCGAGCAACAGGACAGUCAAAAGCAUGGCUAAAUCCAUCCUACACGGGUCCCGUUUGUUAUGUAGGCUUUCUUGUCUACGUGGCUGAAGACGGAAGUGUACGGGAUGAUAGCAUGAGGACUAUGCACGAGCUACAGAUGAUUCUUGCUCCGUUCGGUGGCAUACCUCAUUGGGGAAAACAUUUUCAACCGGAAAUCUACGAUUUUGAACGUCUCAUACCAAAGUGGAAAGAUUUUCUUGAUUUACGUGCACGACUCGAUCCGAAGAAUAAGAUGUUGAGUACUUUUCUCGAAAGUGUUUUUAAACUAACUGAUGCUCACAAUGAUGUUUAA